GUAAUCGGAGUUCUGUUGUGACACUGAUUGAAUCCGUAGAUAGAGAGAGAAAGAGAGAAGAGAGAGAGAGGGAGAGAGAUCGAACGGUCAAGAAUGGGAGAGCGCGGUGGUGGAGGUUGCUGUCCGCCGAUGGAUCUGCUCCGGUCGGAGCCGAUGCAACUUGUUCAACUCAUCAUCACCAUCGAGUCCGCCCAUCAGACCAUUGCUUACCUCGGCGACCUCGGCCUCAUUCAGUUUAAAGACCUAAAUGCAGAAAAGAGUCCGUUCCAGCGAACUUAUGCUACCCAGAUCAAAAGAUGUGGGGAGAUGGCACGCAAGUUACGGUUUAUCAGGGAACAAAUGUCAAAGGCAGGCUUGUCACCUUCAACGAAGUCUAUUUCCCGUGCUGAUAUUGACUUGGAUGAUUUGGAGGUAAAACUUGGAGAACUUGAAGCUGAGCUUAUUGAAAUGAAUGCAAAUGGAGAAAAGCUGCAGCGCACUUAUAGUGAACUUUUAGAAUAUAAGCUUGUGCUACAGAAGGCUGGUGAGUUUUUCUACUCAGCCCUAGCCAAUGCCGCAGCUCAGCAUACAGAAUCUGGGUCACGUGAGAUUGGUGAAGAAUCUCUUGACACUCCUCUGCUAUUGGAUCAAGAAAUGUCAACUGAUUCAUCCAAGCAAGUUAAGUUGGGAUUUCUCACUGGCCUUGUUCCUAGGGAAAAGUGUAUGGCUUUUGAAAGGAUUCUAUUUCGUGCUACCAGGGGUAACGUGUUUCUGAAGCAGGCUGUUGUUGAAGACCCUGUUAUUGAUCCUGUCUCAGGAGAGAAGGUUGAGAAAAAUGUAUUUGUGGUUUUCUAUUCUGGAGAGAGAGCAAAAAACAAAAUUGUUAAAAUAUGUGAAGCUUUUGGAGCAAGUCGUUACCCUUUUACCGAGGACCUGAGCAAACAAAAUCAAAUGAUCACUGAGGUAUCUGACAGACUCUCAGAACUAAAGACUACGAUUGAUGCUGGACUGCUUCACCGUGACAAUUUGUUGCGAACAAUCAGUGAACAAUUCGAGCAGUGGAACCUUUUGGUGAGGAGAGAGAAAUCUAUUUACCACACUUUAAACAUGCUUAGCAUCGAUGUAACAAAGAAGUGUCUGGUGGCGGAAGGCUGGAGUCCUGUUUUUGCAACAAAACAGAUUCAGGAUGCAUUGCAGCGGGCAACAUAUGACUCAAACUCACAAGUUGGAACCAUUUUCCAGGUUUUGUAUACAAAAGAGUUGCCACCUACAUAUUUCCAGACAAACAAAUUUACUUCUGCUUUCCAAGAGAUUGUUGAUGCAUAUGGGGUGGCCAAGUAUCAAGAAGCAAAUCCUGGUGUAUUCACUAUUGUUACAUUUCCCUUUCUUUUUGCUGUCAUGUUUGGUGACUGGGGACAUGGUAUAUGCUUGUUACUUGCGACAUUAUACUUUAUAAUCAGGGAAAAGAAGCUAUCCAGUCAGAAGCUUGGAGACAUUACAGAAAUGACAUUCGGUGGUCGUUAUGUUAUUUUGAUGAUGUCACUCUUUUCAAUCUACACGGGCUUGAUCUAUAAUGAGUUCUUUUCAGUCCCAUUCGGAUUAUUUAGUAACUCGGCAUAUGCGUGCCGUGACUUUUCUUGCAGGGAUGCUACUACUCAAGGCUUGAUUAAGGUCGGUGACACCUACCCAUUUGGUUUGGAUCCUGUAUGGCAUGGUUCCCGUAGUGAAUUGCCAUUUCUCAACUCAUUAAAGAUGAAAAUGUCAAUCCUUCUUGGGGUAGCCCAAAUGAACCUUGGAAUCAUAUUGAGUUAUUUUAAUGCCAGAUUCUUUCGCAGUAGCGUGAACAUUUGGUUCCAAUUUAUUCCUCAGAUGAUAUUUUUAAAUGGCCUGUUUGGCUAUCUUUCACUCCUGAUCAUUUUAAAAUGGUGCACUGGUUCAAAAGCUGAUUUAUACCACGUAAUGAUAUACAUGUUUCUGAGUCCUACUGAUGAUCUUGGUGAAAACCAGCUUUUUGUUGGCCAGAAAACACUUCAGCUUGUGCUUCUACUGAUGUCCCUUGUUGCUGUCCCGUGGAUGCUGCUGCCAAAGCCUUUUAUUUUGAAGAAACAGCACCAAGAUAGACACCAGGGUCAGUCCUAUGAGCCGCUUCAUGGUACAGAAGAAUCCUUACAGGUGGAAGUAAAUCAUGAUUCGCAUGGUCACGGUCACGAAGAAUUUGAGUUUAGUGAAGUUUUUGUGCAUCAACUCAUUCAUACCAUAGAGUUUGUGCUUGGAGCAGUCUCAAACACAGCUUCAUACCUUCGUUUGUGGGCACUCAGCCUUGCCCACUCAGAAUUGUCCAGUGUAUUCUAUGAGAAGGUUCUUCUUCUAGCUUGGGGGUACAAUAAUGUAUUUAUCCUUGCCAUCGGUAUCAUUGUGUUCGUCUUCGCAACUGUUGGUGUGUUAUUAGUGAUGGAAACUCUCAGCGCUUUCCUGCAUGCAUUACGUCUUCAUUGGGUGGAAUUUAUGAAUAAGUUCUACGAGGGAGAUGGAUACAAGUUCUUUCCGUUUUCAUUUUCGUUACUCGGGGAUGAGGAGGAAUGAUACAUUCAUUGAAGCUUUAGCUGUCGUCGACAAAAUAGUUGUGUGCAUAUUUAUUUGGACGAAGAAGCUCGGAGUACUGAUGGGAAUUCACCUUCUAAGCGCGCGGGAGGAAGGGGCUGCCCCUUAUCCGAAUUGUUGUUUAUAUUUGUAUUGCGAGGUUUAAUAAGCUUAUUUCCGAUUGAGGCUGCCUGUGUUUAUGGUGGUAGUUACAACCAUCAUGUGGAACUUACAUUUUUUUUUUUCCUUUCUUUGGGGUUCUUUAUGGGUUGUUCAGGGAAGGGGAAACUCUCUGCUAUGAGCUGUAUUCUCUUUCUUCUAGUUAUCAAUAAUAACUUUAUUGCCAUUUAAAUUAAAGGAAUAA